AUGCAGAAUCUAAUUAAGUAUUAUACUGAAUACGCAACCAAAUUAAAUAUUGUACUGACAUUCAACAUUACAAUUGUAACAAAAAGAUAUCUAUAUUUAUAUUAAAGAUGUACCUAUUUUUGUUCAAAAAUUUUAUUAUUUAAACAUAUAAUAAAAUUGAAAAUUAAUACAACUAGAAGGUUUCACAGAACCAUCAUUCUAAAACUGAUUUUCCACUUACAUUCCAUUUAUAAUAUAAUUUACAACAUAUUUCGGAUGAACUAUUGUUAAUUUUCUUACAAUUUGUUCUUGUCUGAUAAUUUUCACAUUUCAUACUGAUUAAAUUCUAUUAUUGAAUAGAACAUAUUGAUUGUAAUAUUAUAUUUUGUUAUCAGCUAGAGGCAUAAUAUAAGUUCUAGAAUUUAUAGAGAUAUAAAAAUUCUAGAAUUUUUUUGUUGAAAAAUUUGUAGAAAAUUUCACAAGUUAGAAACUAAAUUGCUAGUAUUAAUAAUAUACUUUAUUAAACAUUGCUGCACAGUGAUUGCUAUUUUAUUAAAGGAGUUUACAGUUAUUUUAUAACUUACAUUAUUAUAUUAUAUAUAACUUACUACAUUUUAUAACUUACUAAUGAACUGUUCUGUAUAUUUUUGCGACAUUUUUAAGAAAAUGUUCAUCCUUUUGACUUCUUCUAUAAAUGUAUAGAAACUUGCAAUAGCAUCUACUUGCAGAUUUGAAGUUAUUAAGAGUCAAGAUGUAAUCAGAAUGAAGGAAAUUCGUAACUAACUUCACAAAUGUAUAUUAUCACGCAGGUAAUCGCGCGAGCAGAUGUACAUAUAAAUAUAAGCGAAAAUUAAAAUAAGCCGCCGCAAGCGGCGAUGAGUGGCACUCGUCUAUCAUUGAAUGUUAGAUGCUGUUACCAGUGCAGUUUCACUGUAUGCAAAAUGUAAGGGAACUCUUACUGUUACCUAACCGCGUAACCAGUUUGACGUUCGUAGCACACGUACAUUGUUAUUGGCCUUUUUAUUACGAUGUCGAAAUGCGCGAUAACUCAGUGACCUCCGGUCGAGGAUUAAUCUUUAAUGAGAUUAAAUUUUCGUUCGCAGUACGGCAGGCAAUCCACUAGUGAAUCGCAAUUACUUCGAUGCGUAUCCCAGGAGAAUUACAUUCAGAACAAUGAAAAGUUUGGUGAACGAUGUUAAAAAUGCCGUUACGGAAUCUCUCUUUGGUUUAUCGUUCACGUUUCCUCAGUUGGAAUAUCAAGUGUCGCACAAAGUCGUUCUUAUGCCCAACGUUACGUUGGAAAUGGUAUGCUAGCUGCAGCUGUAGCAGGUUCAAUAUAUGCAGCGCCACCGUCAGUACAUAUUUCUUAUGCCAUCGAACGUGUUUCCCGAUAUAAUAGUAAUUACUGAGGUCAUUGUAAAUGACGACUGUAGUAUACCAAAGGAAGAACAAGGUGCUGCUGGCAAACGUGGUUUAACGGGAAUAAUAUUUGUUAUGAAAAUAGCUGGUGCACUGGCAGAAAAAGGAUUAUCUCUUGAAUACGUUACUAAAAUUGCACAUGAUGUUUUGCAAAACACAGCCACCUAUUCAGUUGGAUUAACAGCUUGUGCAAUACCCGGUCAACCUCCGAUGUUCGAGCUUGCAGAGGAUGAAAUUGAAGUUGGACAAGGAAUUCAUGGAGAGGCUGGUUACGAAAAAAUGAAAUUGAAACCAUGCAGUGAAAUAGUUGCAUUUAUGCUGAAACGUUUGCGCGAUGCGUUAUCCUUGGAAAGUGGAGAUUCUGUUGCAGUUAUUAUUAAUAAUUUCGGAGCGUUGAGUCAAUUAGAGCAAGGGAUUGUAGUUCACGACGUGGUGAAACAUCUUCAAAGUAUGAACAUAGAACCUCUUCGUGUGUACGCGGGACUAUUAAUGACAUCAUUAAACAGUGCUGGCGUGCACAUUACUCUUCUAAAACUACCUGAAAAUCAGAAAAGUCUAUUCCUUGGUUGUCUGGACGCACCUACUACAGCACCAAAGUGGCCAGGCUGUGUGUAUAGCGUUCCUACAGAAAGAGCAAGAAAAAUUGUUCAGGAUAAAGUAAUCCUAACAACAAAAAGAAUUGGAAUAGAAAUCACUGCAGAAUUACAGAGUUUAUUGAAGCAAUGUUUGAAAAGUGCCUGCGAAACUAUAAUUCAACAGGAGAGUCAUUUGAAUGAUCUGGACAGAGGAUGUGGAGAUGGUGAUACAGGAUCAACCCUUAAAAGACUUGCUGCUGAAACUCUGGCAUAUUUAGACAAAUUUCAAUUCUCACAUCCAUCGUCUGUAUUUCAUGAACUGGCUGAUAUAGCUGAACAAGAAAUGGGUGGCGCUUCAGGAGCACUGUAUUGUUUAUUUUUCACUAGUAUUAACACAGAACUGGCCUCAGCCACUGAGAAAGAUGGUUGGCCACAUAUUUGGGCACGUGCAUUUCGCAAGGGUCUAAAUCAUUUAAUGAAAUAUGGAAAAGCAAAGCCAGGAGACAGAUCUUUGAUUGAUUCUCUCAAUGCAAUGUGUGAAACUUUUGAAAAUCAUUUACACAAACCAUUAGUAGAAAUUUGUGAUGCAAUAAGGAUAGCAACUUGGCAAGCAUGUGAAUCUACAAAGAAUAUGAAAGCUAAGGUAGGACGAGCCAGUUAUGUAAAACAAGAACAAUAUUUUCAGAAUGUAGAUGCUGGUGCAUAUGCUGUGGCAAUUUGUGUUGAGACUAUUACAAAAGUGCUUAAGAAUUUCAAACUUUGAUAUCACUUAUUGCUCUAAUUUCUUUUGAUAUUUUUAUUAAAAACAUAAUUUUAUAUCAAUGUAUCAUGAAAUAUUGAUGUUAAAACUAGUUUGUAAUUAAUACAAUUUUUAAUUAAUCCAAAAUAUAAUUGUAAGAAAGUUAAAUACUACUAAAGAUAUUGAAGACAAAUAAUGAAGAUCUUGCAGAAAAGAUCAAUAAAUGAAAAGCACAUAUUUUAAAAAACCAAAAUAAUAAAUUAGUAUUUAGAAAUUGUAAUUACAGUUAUAGAAAUUGUAGAAUCUGUUUAAUUAUAAUUGAACUUCUAAAUUCUAUAGUAGUAAAGACUUAAUUGGAUAACAAUUUUAAUUACUAUAUAUUUAUAUAAAAUAAUGAAAAUUAGAAAUGUAGAUUCUAAAAGAUAGUAUUUAAUCUCAAAUCUAAGAAACUGUUAAGAAACACAACAUUAAAGAAUUGUAUAAAUAGUAAGUAGACUUUUAGAUUUUUAGAAAAGUAGACUAUAGAUUUUUAUAGAAAAUUUGAAAAAUUUACUAAAAUAUAUAUUGUAUGAAAAAAUAUAUAUUAUAUUUAAAGUGUAGUGAUUGUUCUAAUAUUUAAUAUAUAAAUCAAUUUUUUAAUUUUAAUAUAAACCUACUUUUUAAUUCUAUUUACAAAAAUAUGAAUUUAUUACAUCAACAAAUGUAUCUAACUAAAUUAACUUCAGAAAACUUAAUUUCUCUAUUUACAUUGAUAAUAAUAAAUUAACAACUGUCACUUUGCCAUUAAUAUUUCUUAUAAAAUUUUUAUUUAUAUUUUCUGUAAAUUUACGCAUACUAUGAAUUAAAAAAUAUGUUGAAGUUAAAUUAAAUUCUAUUCUAUAUGUAUCCAGUGAUACAUUUUGUUAUAUUUUAUGAGUAUGUUUUAUGUGCAAUCUAAUAAUAAUUUAUGGAAAGCGAAAGCACUUCGUAACUAUGAGAUGACAAUAUCUUUUACCAUCUAUUCUAACUUUCACAUCUUUGAACAGUGCCAGAGCAAUCAGAGCAUACAAAAUGAACAGUUUCCGAAUAAAUGCGUCAGUUCGAAUUGAAACUCGAUCGGUGAUAGAUUAUUUAUUACCAUCAUUUAGAAUAAUUUUCAAUCGCUGAUAUGUUUAAAUUUUUCCACUCACAUAUUUUUAUAAUAUUUAUUUUUUUAUUUUUUAAUAUUUUAAUUAUUCUUGUUAUUACAAACGCAAAAAAGGAACAUCAACUUUUUCCAGGUAAUUUAUUAAUUUUUUAUCAUCCUGUUAAUUUUGUCACUAAAGAGCAAAUUAAAUUGGAAAAAUGAGGUAAUUUGAAAUGUAAAUAAAUAAAUAAUUGUUUUUAAUAAAAAUAAUAAAAUAAAAAUUGAAGAAAAUUAAUAAUACUUACUAAAUUGUUUGUAAUAUAAAUUUCGGAGUAAUUAUGUAAUAAGUGACACUAAAUGAACAUAUAUUAUAAAUUACACAUAUACUAAUCAAUUUAUAGUAUAAGAGCAAUGUUAAUUUGCAGGUGUAAUUGAAAGAUUGAGAAAAAAAUCAACCAAUGAAGAACCCGCAAAAAUUAUUGCAAUAAAAAAACAACUAUUCCAAGAUAUUUUUACGGAACAUCAGAAAGAGGACAAAUUGCAAUUCGGCUACGUUUGCGAGAAUCCGGUUCAAUGGGAACAAAGAUUCGAAGAAAAAGACCUUCCGAACAAUCGUCAUCGUGGAAAGGUCAAAUGGGGAAAUAUAAAUGGCGGCUAUGGUGAACACUAUUGGGAUAUAAAUCAUAGAUAAUCUUAAUUCUCCUGAAAAUCCUUAUUCUUACUAUAAUCUUACUUUCAUUUCAAGAAAUAGACAGAAUUUAACAUAAAAUUUAACCGAGAAAUGCACACUAAUAAAAAUUUCUUUUAAUUUGGUUCAAAUUUGAGAUAUUUUUUAAGAUUAAAAAAAUAUAAGCGAGUCGCAUACAAACUAAUCAUUAUUAUGUUUCUCUAAAUUCAUUUUAUAAAUAUUAAUUCAUACACGA